GGGCACUCGGCCCUCGGUGCGCCACGGGCAGCUGCUGCUCUCCAGCGGGCUGCCCUCCCUGGACUGUGUUCUAGGUACAUCAUUAAAGUGCCCCACUAAGAUAAGUUGCACUGGUGUGACGCUGUUUUUACUACCUGUGGAUCUGCCUUUGCCUGCUGUCAGUGUCAGGGUGUGAGAUGGUCCCGUGGACUCAUCUGUUGUGACUGUUGCUGUGUUAUCGGUGGCAUGAACUGGCACUUCCACGUGGAUUGGGAACUAACUCAUUUUGCUGGUGGAGGCGUAGCUGUUGGAACCCUUCUUCUUCUUGAGGAGGAUAAAUAUGGCCUUUACUCCAAUUUGUUGUUCAAGUAUUUUCUCGCAGAGGGAGUUGUCUGUGGACAUGACCUGUUCAUUGCUUCUGCCAAAGAGCAUCCUGACAACAUUUUGAAGGAACUUCCAGCCCCUUUGCUUGAUGAUACCCACCAGAAGGAAUUGGGAGAUGAAGCAGCAGCUGUUAAGUCUGAGGAUUUUCAUGAUUCUAUGAAAAUAGCCUGGCGUUACCAAAAUUUACCAAAAAUGGAGGCCAGCCCAACAACAUAUACGAAGUUUGGCCAUUAUUAUGAUAUUUCUAAAAAAAUGUCUCCAGAACUGUGUCAGUCCAUAAAAUGGCACAGUUUUUACCUUCAUGAAGAAUUGUCUUUCGAGCCUAAAAUGAAAACAUGUAAUAUGAACAAUGGUUACGCAAGGCUGCUUCAGUCCAUUCAGAGGAUCAUUUCCCAGGAAGGCUUUGAUGGCUCUGAUCCCCAGAAAAAACAAAGGAAUGUUUUGAGGAUAGGAAUUCAGAGUCUGGGUUCCAUAUUGUGGGGUGAUGACAUUUGUUGCAGUGAUACUCCUGAAGAUACUCAUAGCCUUACAAAAUUUCUGUAUGUUCUCCGUGGCCUGCUCAGGAAAUCUUUGUCAGCCUGCAUCAUCACAGUGCCCGCUCACCUUAUCCAGAAUAAAGCAAUUAUGGAACGUGUAACAAACUUGUCAGAUGUGGUAGUUGGUCUUGAAUCAUUUAUCGGCUCUGAGAGAGAAACCAAUCCAUUGUACAAGGAUUACCACGGUUUGGUUCAUGUACAUCAGAUUCCUCGGCUUAAUAGCUUGAUCUGUGAUGUGUCAGACACGAAGGACCUUGCUUUUAGAUUAAAAAGGAAGCUGUUCACCAUCGAGCGGCUGCAUUUGCCUCCAGACUUGUCAGACACAGUGAGCCGCGCGAGCAAACAGGAUCUGGCAGGAUCCGCCAAACUGCUGAGCUCAGGAUGUGGUGCGAUGGCCAUCGGCAAGAAGCACCUGGACUUCUAGUGAUUUCUACUUAGCAGUUUCACUCAGAUUUAUGUGACACUCUAAUUAUGAGUGUUAAUGACUUAUAUAAAUAUUUUUCUUAGUGAUUUGACCCAGCAGUCUUUAAAAAUAAAUGUUGUCAUAUGAUGCCUUCCUUUCCUUUUUUUUUUUUUUUUUUUAAUGUUCUGGUUUCUUUGUACUAAUUUUGGUCUUGUUUGGAUUUUGCUUAAAGCUUCAGUUAUGUUGGGUCCUGCCAUUGUUCUGCUCUAGUAGAAACAGGGAGUAUUUUGUUCCUUUCCUUAAAAUACAAAAACUGUGAUAACCCUUUCAUUUCUAUUUUUUUUUUACAUUAAAAAUAAAUUUUUCCCAAAAGAAUUUUUAUAUACUUACAUGUAAUAUUUUGUAUGAAUACUGAGUUGGAUGGUUUAUUGAAAUAAAGGAAUGGAACUAAGCAA